AUUAGAGGUGUCAUUUCGAUUCUUCAUUCUACUUUUAUUCAUAUUGUUACACACCUAUCAUUACAGCCUCUGACAUCUUUCAAGAUUUAGCUUAUGGCGCGCUGUUAGAAACUUUACCUAUAUUAUAUCUGCUUGUUGUGGAACUUGUUACAUUUAAUUCAUUAAGUAUUAUCACUCAUAAAUAUGUCACAUAAAAGAAGUUUAUCACAAAGAUCCAACAGUGUCUUCGGGAGCCAGAAUAAAAAGAUAAGAUCAAUAGACAGAAAUAAUUGUUUGCAUAAAACUUUACAGGAAAGCGGUCUUAUUUUGAACCACCCACCAGAAAAAUGCGUUGCGUCACAUGAAACUAUACAUUUAUCUGCUAAAAUAAAGAAAAAUCUGGAGAAACAUUUCGAAUAUCCACGCAAUGUCGCCGAACUUUUAUCUGAUUUGGAAAAAGAAUGCCAAAACAUGGAUGUUUUUAAGCAUUACCUGUAUCCCAAUAUCGUGAUAAUAACCACGGAGAGCUCUGAAGAACAUCCUGUGAGCGACAGCAUCAUAAAAAUACUCUUGAGCAUACCUAUCUUACAAACAAAGUUGAUUGAUUAUGUCUUUGAAAAAGCUAUAGACCUAGCAGCGUCUUCUGCCUGUGGUCCCUGGAUUCAGAUGAUACUGAAAUGCUUCACAACAUUAGACAGUAUUGUUGACAGUGAAAAUAUAGCUACAAAUAUCAUAAAUCUGUUAGAUGUUACGUCAGAAAAAAUGGACAAACUGGAGAUAAUAACCGCUAUACCAGAUAUUAUCGGAGACCAAGAGCAUGAUAAUAUCGCAACAGAAAUGAGUAGAAUACUCAAUGAAGAUCAUGAUUUAAUUCCAGCUAUUUUGGAUUGCCUUACGUAUUUAUGUCUUUCUGAUGAACAAUAUGAGCAACUUCAAAAGAGAACUCUUAACAUACUUUCAAGUUUGUCAAAGUGCACCUAUUUUCCAAACUUUGUGAAAUUUCUUUUAAUUCCAGGCCGUUUGAGUGAUAAUGCAUAUUUUGAAGCAGUUCUAGGUUUAAGAAGUGCUUUAGGCUGGUCAACAACCUUAGCAAAACCUCAAGAUAUAGCAACUAGUCAAGUAUUAACUACAACAGCAAUCAGAAACUCUAUGGUCUCAUCAAAGGUUAUAGCAAACUCAUGGCUAAAAUCCGUGUCUAUGUGUAAAGUACACACCGAUCACAAGGCCAUAGACUUUAUUAUUUUGUUAAUAUUGUUUUCUACUUCAGAAGAGAGACAAAAACAGGUGGAAAAUUUAAUUAGGAAACAGAUUAAACUAAACACUUUAAAGGAGGAACUACUUGAUGAAGCAUUUGAGAAAUUCCAACCUGUCCUUAAGGAUUCUUUGAAAAAUCUAAUAAUCCUCAGUAACUCUUUACUGAAAAUUAAAGGUGACCCAGCUGUAGAAUCAUUUGCAUCUCACUUGUUUACAUUAAUGUUUUCUAAGCUUGAAGAUUGUGGUCAAACUAUUGUAGCUGAACUUUUACAACUAGGUUUAGACUCAAAGCAAUGUGUUAUGAGUAUAUUGGUGAUACUGAAUAAUGUUGCGGCCAAAAACAUGUCUCUAUUAAAACCACAAAGCAUGCAAAUGUUGAUAUUACUUGAUAGAAUGGAUGAUAUGCCAUUAACUGAAAUCAGGGCUGUAAUGAAUUUACUAUGUGGCCUUGCAUACAGCUAUGAAAAUUCACUCAUAAGAGAUGAUAUACAUAUGAUAAUUAGAAAAGAGUUGAGCAGCUCAAAUCCAAAGAUAAAGAUUCAAGGAAUUCUGGCUGGUGUCUAUGCAGUCAAAUAUUUAAUGGCAUCAAAUACAGACAAUAAUCAAACAACAGAGUUGCCAAAUGAUAUAAGCUAUGGCUCAGUUACACAUCUACCUGAAGGUGACCUUCGUGAAGCUGCUCAAAUCAUUGAGCUAAUCAGUCGCAGUACACGACAAUUUCCAGACAUGAUUGCUUUCUUCUAUGAUGAAAUGUCAAAAGUCAUAUCUUCAGCAAGCCAUGUAAAUAAAAAUUUCAUGUCAUGGUUGACUGAUGCAGUGACUAAUGAUUUAGAACAGAAUUUUAUUGUUGAUUCUAUGGAUACCCAAAGGAUAUGUGACUUGGAAUUAGCUAUGCAAUAUUGUAUUAAUGCAGAUAGUGAGAUGAAUGAAAUGAUUGCUAUUAACAUAGCUGGAUUAACUUUACAACCAAAAGCUGAAAUAUGUAUAGGUAUUCUGUCACCACUAUUUCAAUUAGUUCAGACUCUGCAUUUUAAGCAAAAUAAUGGUAAUUUAGCUAGUAUUGAUGCAUUACUAGGAUGUCCUGUUAUUAUGCCUAAAUAUGACAUAGAUGCUAUUGAAGAUAUGGAUUCAGCCAAAGUAAGCAACAUCCUUGAUUGUCAUGUCCAUAGCGUAAAUUGGUUUCGGGAAUUACUUAAUGCAUUUGCUACACAACAAGAUGAGUCAUUAAAAACAAAAACUUUGAAAAGAGUUCUCCAAGUCGAUAAGUUAGGAUUACUUAUUACAGAAAUUUUAUUUAAAAGUAAAAUAUCAUACAAACCUCCAAUCAGCACAUUAAAUGUAAACAAAUACACAAAAGAAAACCUAGAUAGAAAAACAAAUAAGGCUCAUAGUUCAAAGCAGAAUGUAAGUAAAAAACCAGUAGCAGAUGAUACUGUGCUUCCUGAAACAUUAAGAUCUCAAACAACACAAAACAAUCCUGCAACAGUAAAAAAUACAUUUAGUGGCCUUCAUGAUAUCCCUUUCAGGCAAUUAAACUUAAAUUUACUGCAAUUGCUGGAUACUGAUUUUUCAGAAGAUGUUGAUUCUGAGAAUGAAUUAAAUGUUAAAUCUUUGAAAUUUUUAUUGAAUUGUAUCAAUAGUAAUUUAGAAACUAUUUUGAUAUCAAAAAUAAAAAGAGUAACAUUUUGGACUAAACAAGACAAUGUAAUUUAUGACCCUAAAAAGGGUGAAAACUGUGCAAAAGCAGUCAGUGAAAUACUUCCUAGAUUAAUGGAACAUUUGAAAGCUGUCACAUUAUACAUAGAAAACCAUACAAUCGAGAACACUCGUGAUGAAAGCGGAUUCUCUUUUACAUCAGAAUUUAUGGAUUAUCUUGCAUGUCUUCAAUAUAUUUAUAACACGCUUACUAUAUUUUUUAAAUGGAUAGGAUUUAGAAACCAUCACAAUGCAUUAUUAAAAAGCUCACUGAGGACAGUAGCCGAGUCUAAUGAAAGUACUGGUCUAUCUUUAAAAGAUAUAGUGAUUAAUGUAUUUGACAAUUUAAAAACACACCAAAAAUAUUGCUUGCAAUUAUCAACUGCCGUGGCGCUAGUACAGCUUCUUAAAACUGUGCAGAGCUAUUGUGAUAAUAGAAUAGUAUUAAAAAUUCUAAGAAAUCUGGCCCAACAUUUUUUGUCUCAGCAGUGGCGAACCUCGGCUGGCGCUCUAGAAUCUGGAUUACAUUAUAACCAGAAUAUAGACUGCUUGGCUGCAGUCUAUUUUAUAAAUAAUGAAAUUUUAGAGCUUAAAAAUAUAGCCCUUGAGUUAACGAACGAAGUUAAAGUGCUAAAAGGGCGAAAUGAUCAUUUGAACUCAUUCAAAUCCAUAACGAAAUCGAACUUUUCGAUAUUAUACCGUAAUCUCGGCACAUCUUUACACGAAGCUACUAAAACACGCCUGAAUAUGGGAAUGACUAAUUCUGAACAUUUAGAGCUGUGGAAAGAUGUAGCCAUUAUAAUGAAAUAUAUGGCUGAUGUCGUUAAAACUGUUGAAAGUAGGAAUAACCUGGCUGCAUUUUUUAAUAAAUCAUUACCAAUAUUGAAAUUAUUUUUAUCUCAAGGAAUACCAAUAUUUGAACUACAAUUUAAGAACGAAACCCAAGAAGUAUUGGAAAUACUAAAAAUACUGCAACAGUCUACUCGUUUCUUGCAGUCUUUGUGCUGUCACUCUCGAUUAAAGAAGGACAAAACCUUGAUGAGUAAGGUUCCGAAUGUAAGGCAUUUACUUGAAACCCUGAUUUACAAAGUAAAAGCUGUUCUUGCUGCAAAUAACUGCUCAGAAGCGUUUUGGAUGGGAAAUCUCAAGAAUAAAGAUAUUCAUGGAGAGGUUAUAGCGUCACAACAAAGUGUUGAUCAGGAGUCAGUUGAAGAUUGUGACGAACAAUUACCAGAAGAUGAUAGUGAACAUACAGAUGAUGAAAUUUGUUCUGAUGUUGAAGGUAGGAUAAGUGAUAUUGUUUAAAUAAAAAUAUAUAGUAUCUACCCACA